UUUCAGCACUGGCCAGUAUAUCAAGUAGUAUCAGAGGUGUAUAUUCUGGUACCGGCAUUAUUGGGGUUGAAAGGAAACCUCGAAAUGACUCUGGCUUCUCGGCUGUCUACCCACGCGAAUCUAGGUCACAUGGACACACAGAAGCAGCAGUGGACGUUAAUAAUUGGUAAUCUAGCGUUGAUCCAAUGCCAGUCGAUGGUGGUUGGCUUAUUGGCGUCCUUGGCAGCAGUGAUCUUCGGAUGGAUACCAGAGGCUCACUUUAAUAUUCACCAUGGACUAUUAUUGUGUGCCAGUGCACUUGUCACAGCCUCUGUUGCCAGUUUCCUGCUUGGUCUUGUAAUGGUCGCGGUUAUAUUGCUCUCUAAACGGAUGAACAUUAACCCUGACAAUGUUGCCACGCCAAUUGCUGCAUCGCUCGGUGAUUUGACAACACUCGCGUUACUGUCAUGGGUAGCCUCCCUUUUGUAUCGAUCUAUCGACAAUCAACCAUGGAUUGCAACCAUUAUGAUUGUCUGCUGUUUAUUAGCGACGCCCGUUUGGGGAUAUAUUGCUGCCAAGAAUCCUUUUACCAAAGAAGUUCUUAACUAUGGUUGGAGUCCUGUUAUUUCAGCUAUGUUAAUCAGCAGCAUCGGUGGAUUGAUGUUAAACUUUACAAUAUCUAAUUAUAAAGGCAUAGCUGUUUUUCAAUUGGUAAUUAAUGGGGUUGGAGAAAAUUUAAUUGCUGUGCAAGAAUCAAGAAUAUCGACAUCUCUUCAUCUAGAACAACACAACGGAAAAGUGGAAAAACCUUUGAAAAUUUGUAUUAGCCCUAUUGAUGAAUUUUCUUCUCCUGUCACUUAUAUAUUUAGUUAUACUAUAAGUUAUCUCCGAGCAGGACAAACUUCCUUUACGGCGACAUUUAUUGUCGUGUAUCUAUUAGCGACACUUUUACAAGUAAUUUUACUUUUAUACCUCGCUCAAUUGAUGGUUGUUUGGAUGUGGUCACGCGGCAUGGAUCCUGAUAGCUCAGCGAUCCCGUAUCUUACGGCUGCUGGUGAUUUAUUGGGAACACCAUUAUUAGGUAUCGCUUAAAUUCUUUACAAAAUUGGUGAUAAAGAUUCAAAUAUCGGAGAUUAAUCGACAAGUAACUUCACUUAUUUUUUCGCCUUAAUACUUCAAUUAAAAUAUUUUAUAAUUUCAUUAUAUAACAUGGAAAAGACAUGCGUCGAGUUUUUAUUGUAUAAUUCAGGCUCAUAACUAUUUGUACCUGAAAUUAUUAAUAGUCAUAAUUUUCGGGACCUAAGAAUAUUUCAAAAAUUAAACAGUGGCCUGGAAUUUAAA